UGGAGGGAGAUUUUUUUGAAAUUUUCAGGAACAAAAUGCUGCGAGCUGUUAUGGUUUUAGUGUGAAGAUCUUAUGCGUCUCCAUGCAUCACUAAAAAAGGGAUUUUAGUGUAUUUUAUAAUGGAAUUUCACUAUACCGUUCACGUUUUGUUGUUGUCUUCGAUGUUUUGUCUUUAUGCAGGGAAUUAUACCGCUGCGUUAUCUUUCAAUGGCAAAGACCCUUGUGACAGUGGCUGGCUAAAUUACCAGACCAUAUGCAUCAAAUAUUUCCCAGAGAGCAAUACUUGGAGUAAAGCUAGACAAACAUGCCGUGGCUAUGAUGCAGAUCUGCUGACCAUACACGAUGGAAUAAAACAGAAGUUUGUUUACAACAAUUUUGCUCAGGGAAAAACUCUCUGGAUCGGCCUACUGAGAAAUGAGGAUGACGUGUUCCGCUGGGUUGAUGGUACAGAGCUAAAAUUCGCAAACUGGGUCACUAACGCCCCUAACAAUGUGAAUGAGAAGUGUGGAGAAAUGACAAGUUAUGGCAGUUUUUACGGAAGAUGGAAUGACAAGUCGUGCAGCCAACCGCAACCAUUUAUUUGCCAGAAAGAAGCAAAGCACAACAACAUCUUCAGACGGUUUCCGGGAAAACAACUUCUUGGCUACGUGAUAAGCCGUUCCCGUGUAAGGAGUGACGUUGAAUGCGUGCUGCGCUGUCAAAGGCAUCCCGCAUGUACAUCGAUAAACUAUAUUCGCAGUAAUUCAGGGCUCGAAGAGCAAAGAACGAAAACCUGCGAAUUGAAUCAACAAGUAAAUGGAGUUCUGUCGGAAAUCCUUCAUAUACAGGAACAAUCUUGCUACUUUAUGGUUGUCUAAAAAGUUUUAUAAAGAUACAGAAACAUAGACGAUAAUGCUAACAACAACAACAACAACUGCUAUCGAAUUUCACGUCAUAAUCUUGAAAGCAAGAGAGAGUAUACAACAAUCAAAAUAAAUCUAGAAUGAAAACAACCUAAGGGAGAGAUACAAGUAGACUUACUGCUUAACCCAAAUCAUGAAGAGAAUCGAAGCUCAGCAUCCUCACAUAGCCUGCUCCAGACGAUCAAUAUUAGCAAAACGAAUUCACAAUGGUAAACAACGCGAUUGUGGUGUAGUGAAAAAACGAGGAAGGAUUGUGUCUGGUCGCGUAAUGAACGCGUUCUGCACGCGACCUGACUUAGGCCCUCCCUCGUUUUUCGCACUUGUAAUAUUAUUGCACACGGAUUUUGCACCGUUUUACUCGCUGAAUGCCCGGAAGAAGUUAUAUCUUACGAUGAAGUUUUUAUGUGACGAACGAACUGAUAUAUUUGUUAUAUGCGUGUACAUGCCGUGCGGACAGUCGAUAACUAAAAAAAUAAAUAAGUGUAAAUAUAGGCUCGGCUUAAGAGGCCAUCGCUGUCACGGUUUCCUCCUGGCUUACGUGGAUAGCUAUGAACUUAUUCAUGGUACAUAGAGUGAUAUGGGCUUUGUAUACUGCGAAAUAGUAUGACAUAAUCAAUAAAUAUAACGGUUUGAAAUUAGUUCCUAUCACCGUUGUGAGGAGGAAACUGGAUACCUUUUUUCUAAAUUUUCUACAAGUUUCAAAAGCGUUAUUAUGCUCGGGAUAGUCAUUCUGACCCAGCGCGAUUCUAAAAAUUUAGAAUACUUUUUCUUCUAGAACUCUAA